UGACCAUCUCCUGUACAAAAGUUAUUUCAUCUGAGAGAAUGGACUGUGGAUAUAAUGGAAUAACUGAAAGUGAAUGCCUUGAACGUAACUGCUGUUUUGAUAGCUCUGAACCAAAUGUUAAUUGGUGUUUUUAUCCUAGUGAGUUGGCCAUCUCCUGUACAAAAGUUAUUUCAUCUGAGAGAAUGGACUGUGGAUAUAAUGGAAUAACUGAAAGUGAAUGCCUUGAACGUAACUGCUGUUUUGAUAGCUCUGAACCAAAUGUCAAUUGGUGUUUUUAUCCUAGUAAGAAUAAAUAA